GACAGUUCCCUUCAGCUGGCGUCAAAGUUUUUAUUUCGUAACUUAGCCAUCACAGAUCUUUGUGUUGGAGGCAUUUUACAACCUUUAAAUGUUACCUAUUGGAUUUCUGUGCUUAAGGAACGCUGGGAUAUUUGUCGUUUCACUUUAGAUUCAAGUUUCAUUGCAAGUUUUAUAUUGUGUUCCGUCUCUUUGCUAACAACUACUACAAUAGGCGUGGAUAGACUUCUUAUCGUGUCAUUGGGACUAAGAUACAGACAAGGUUUACGUUUGAAGCGAAUAUACGAGAUAAAUGUAGCUUGUUUCUGGGUAAUAUCCAUUGUUGCAUCAAGCAUGUAUUUUUGGAAUUACAAUAUAACGCUGUGGUUUAGCUAUAUCGGAUUAUCAGUCUGUUUAAUAAUUUCAAUCGUCUCUUACACCAAAAUUUUCAUUUUUCUUUAUCACCAACAACUGCAAAUAAGCGUUCAUGAAAAUCGAUGGAAUCAAGCAAAUCCCGUCGGCAAUAUAGCACGAUACAGAAAGGCAGUGUCUACUGCUCUAUGGCUUCAGUUCACAUUAGUUGUUUGUUACUUACCCUAUGGUAUACUAGCGAAUUUUUGGAAUAGCAACCUUUUUAUGUUUUCAGCGAGAUAUUUUGCAGUAACUUUAGUUUACCUCAACUCCUCAUUAAAUCCUUUGUUGUAUUGCUGGAAAAUCAGAGAAGUACGACAGGCGGUGAAGAGUACAACACGACAACUUUUAUGCUUAUGGGAAUAAUAAAAGAAAACAAACACACACAUAUCUAAAGUCGAAUUGCAAACGCAUGUUGACAUGGUUUUUGUUUGGAAGGAUAUUUAAAUUUCUUUUUUGAUAUAUAGAUUUUAAUAACACUUUCUAAACCUCAAUUUUCUAUUAAGUAACAAAGUUGUGACAACGACUCUCGUAACAUUUACCAGACCAACCUAUACUAAAAUCAAAAUGUAUAAUGUAAUAUAAUCUUUGUUCCUGAAAAGCACCUUUGGGCAGGUAACAAUAAAGUAUGUAUGUACUACCACAUGUAUUAAGUUUUUUCUUGUUGGGUUUUUAACUGGAGCUGAGGUCCAAAAAAUAACGUUUUCUAAAAGCUAAGGGCCAAGACUCUUCUAACCUUCCAAUGCCAUAGAAAAAUAAAGAAAAUGUUUUCCUUUUUUAAAGUUUCCUCAAGUGUUCUGAGUGGCGCGAUUUGCGAAUAAAAUUAUUUUGUUUCAUCGAUAUUAAGAAACUUAAAAAAAAAAAUUAAAGAAAUUGCUCUGGGCUGAUUUCUUUGCACCUUUUAGCCCUUUAGUACUAAGUAGUCCAGAGACUUCUAACACAUUUGACUAUUAAUUUGUGCUCAUCUCGACUUCACGCAUUUAAAGUACAGAUUGAAAGAAAAUAAAGAACAAAUACAACCUUAAUAGCUUUGAACUGAAACGCAGCUGUCUCUUUAAACACGACGUUUGAGGGCAAAUAUUAUCUCCUUAGAUUAGAAAUACUUAAGUCGGAACCUUGAAGAAAGAAACUCUUCGGAUACAAAUAUUUCAUGGGAAAUUGAGAUUCAGAAAAAAAUGAAUUAACGCGCUGUUGAAUAAUUGAAGUACAAAACUUUAUGCAUUGAAUUAUUUCAGUUUAUUUCAUUUUUUAGUUUUUUGCGUGUUAUGAAUAUUUUGCGAGGCAGAUUAAUUACUCGAAAAAGCAACCGAUAGAAAGCAUUAAACUGGAUUUAGAGAAAGAAACACACGCGCACCCUUUUUAUUGUUUCCCUGCCAUUAUGGGAGACCAAUAUGCUUGGUAAAUGGCUUUUUACUACCGUGAGGUAUUGAAUACAGGUCAAAAACAUUGAAUGAUUGUCAAUAAAAAAGCGCACAAUUAAAGUAGGCAUAUUACCCAACGCACGAAAUGUGUCGAUCCACUAAUUGCACGUCACAGCAGAAUAAUCUUUCAUAAAAGCUUAUUAAUAAGCUGCCGGGGAAAACAACUGGGGAAUUGAAGUAAGAAGUAAUCAGUAUGUAAAUAGAGAUGUGAGCUUCCACAUAUUUUUAUGUGAUUUUGGUGAUUUCGAAGAUUCGACCCUCCCCUCUUUGUACUACCGAUCACCGGUAUGCCUAUUGUCCUGCCGUCGCGGUUUUCUCCUAUAACUUAGUUCCUCGUGACGGGAUCGCAGUGUGAAUACCGCACUAUUUCUCCGAACGUUUCAUUUUUAUUUCUGAUAUUUUUCUUGAUGAGUAUGCCCAAAUAUUUGUUGCUAAAUCCGCCCUAGCAGACACUGCAACUCUCUACUGACUUUCCGUUUUCGAUGAAGACUCUUUUUCACAUUCAACAAUAACAUAAAAACGUUUUACUCUUCCGACUUGUCAAGCUAUUUUGGCAGCCAUUUUGGAGUCUUGCGUGAGACUAUUUAAAAAAAUCCUUGUUGUUUCGAAUCGUAUGACUGUUUGGGGGAAUCCAACGCUUGUUUCACAGUACAGUCUAGAUUCCAAACCUCGAAAGGACACCUCAUGAGGCUUAGACAACGUAAUAUUUGUUAUCGCUUUUUAAGAAGAAAAUUUGUUUAAAAGGAGAUUGAGGGGAAGACAAUGUAGUAGGAAGAGAAGUAUUAAGAAAAUAGAGCAUUGACUAUGUUUUGUACCAAAUGUAUAAUUAUAUGGGUUAAGUACUGAUUUACAAUGUUUAGCUUUCAUUUAGGGCUCAAUGAUUUGGAAAGACCAUAGAAAUCCUAUGGAAUUACGGCUGUCGGUAACAAAUUGCUUCUUUACUGUAAUGGUUAACUGAGAGAUAAAUAUAGUAAACUAGGUACAAAGCUUCCGGACUCUUUUUUCUUUGGUCUGUCUUCUUUUUUUCCUUAAAUUUAAAAAUUUACGAGACUUUCUUCUGAGUUACAGAAUGUAGACUCUGCCUUCUUUUACAAGCAAUUACGUGGUUGUGCAAAAAACUGGGACAAAAUACGUCAGACUUAACAAUACCAUAAUGCAAUUCAGCUCAACACCGACCCAGGCCUCCGCGGACAUAGCCUCAAAACUACCAAUCACAACUGUUUUAUCUAUUUUUGAACUGUGUUUAUAUUGUGUAUCUGCUUCUGAUUUUUUUAAGCUUUCAUUUAAGUUUCUAAGUAUUGUUUUGACGGCUUUAAUUUGCGUAACUCCUUGUAUAUUGGCGUCAAUAAAGGGCUCACACUUUUUACUUUUUUCUAAAUUGUGAGACAAUUAAGUGUUUGUGCUUCAGUUCUGUUAUCAAUCUAAGUUUACAGCCCAUCAAAACAAAAAAAACCCUCGAAGUUAAAGACUAUUACAUUCAUCGAUAUUUUCAUGAACAGAUCAUAUAUUAUGCAAAAAAAGCUACGACGAUCCUCUGGAUAUGGAAGCAAUAUGAUCGGAAAUAAUAAAUUAUUAGCCGUCACAGACUUGCCUUCAUACACACAAUGUAUGUAUACUUUAAGAUGCUAAAAAAAGUUUAUUCCGCUUCACAAAAGAGAACUGAGGAUGUGAGCAGGUGAGCAGGCAGGUGACAUUUAUACACGAUAACAAUAAGUUAUCCAAAUAAUUUUCCACAGUUCCAUAAAUAUAGUUAUUCAUUAGUAAUAGAAAGUAUAUAUGCAUAUUGUCCUUUUUAACAAAGAGGUUUUUAAAGACAAAAAGUCUCUUUCAGUGUUGGCCAUUUACUAACAGGGAUAAUGUACCGCCGCAGCGUGUUACGUCAUGUUUUACGUCAUGACUCACCGCUGUCUAGAUCUUUGUUUUAAUUUGUUUACGUUACUCCUAUGGUCUUCCCUACCGCGGAAAAAUAUACCCAUUUCAACAGUAUCUUUGGUCGGGCAUCUUAACAACCGACAAGAUUGCAGUAGAAACUUCCCUUGCUAAUCUAGAAUGAGACAAGCAAGCGAGAAAAACGAGAAAACAUACGAAGAACUGUUUUGCUCAACCGAAUUAACAAGAGGAACACACAACUUGCUAAUAUGUCUAUCAGCCAUGAAUAUUGUUCUUUCAGUCAUUACGUUUCUGGGAAACACCCUCAUCCUAGUGGCAUUUCGAAAGACGACUGUUCUUCAUUCUCCUUCCAAAAUAUUGUUCCUCUCUCUGGCUACAACUGAUCUUUGUGUCGGUGUUAUAUCGGAACCACUUAUUGUUGGCUACUGGAUAUCGGUGGUUAAAGAACGUUGGGAUAUCUGUCGCCAAGCACAAGCCUUGAUAUUUAUCACGGGUCAUGCACUGAGUUCGGUGUCUUUAUUUACACUGACUGCAAUAAGUGUAGACAGACUUGUCGCCCUGAUGUUGGGACUCAGAUACAGACGAAUUGUGACCUCCAAGAGAACUUAUAUAACGGUGGGUGCGUUCUGGGUGGUAUCUAUUGGUGGAGCAACAAUGUAUUUUCAAAAGUAUCACGCCACCUUACUCUACGGAUACAUAGGUACCGCAGUGUGUUUAGCAAUAUCUUUGUUCUCUUACACAAAAAUCUUUCUUACUUUUCGUCGAAGACGAAAAUUAAGACACGAACAAAGUUUUAUGCAGCUUGGCCAAUGCAGUCAACUGGACACAACGCGGUACAGAAAGGCAGUAUCCAAUGCUUUGUGGCUACAGUUGAUAUUAGUUGUUUGUUAUCUGCCAUAUGGUAUAGUUGGAAUUAUCAUGAAUCAGAAAGGAUUAUCCUCACCUGUGUAUGUCGCUAGGCAAUUUGCACUGACUUUAGUUUUGCUAAACUCUACACUUAAUCCAUUUUUCUAUUGCUGGAAGAUUGGAGAAGUAAGACAGGCAGUCACAGCCACCAUCAGACAAUACCUC